AUGGACGCAGAGGACCUGGAGAAAGAACACCGAAAUAGUAUGUCGCCCACGCAGCCAUUUCUCGACAUUGGUUACAAUGACCGAGAGCCUGGCCACCACGAAGAGGAAUCCCAACAACACCCACCAUAUCGGCCCGGCUCCUGGGCACGGAGAGGCCUGGUGAUGCAUGGAUUGAUGAUCCUCUUCUAUAUUGGCCUUGCGGUUUCGUCCUGGACAAAUCUUCCAUUGGGGGAAUGCCUUGGUCGGAGUCAAUCUAAAUUGUUUACACCUGUCCAUGAGCACAUCAAUACCGAAGUCACGGUAAUUUACGACAAGCCCAGCGAUAUCAAGGCUAGUCCGUAUGUGGGAGAGCCUAGUCCAGCGGUUGAUGAGGCCUGGUAUCGACUCUUGCGUCAUCACAACAUCCGCAUUAUGGAAGACGAGCUGCAAGCAAUGAACCAAACCUCUAUUCCCCUCCGUCAUGGGGGUGGAUAUCAAGGAAUGAUGGCCGUCUUCCACGAACUACAUUGCUUGAAACUCGUUCGUGAAGCCGUCCAUGCCGACUACUAUUACGCAGAAAAAUCCCCUGCCGAGAGAGCCAUGUUGAUUGGCCAUACAGAGCAUUGCAUCGACAUUCUUCGCUCGGCAUCCAUGUGCCGCACUGAUACCGCCAUCUUUCCAUACCACUGGAACGACGCCACGCGUCUUCCCAAUCCCACAUGGGUGCAGAAGCAUGAAUGUGUGAACUGGGCCUCCCUGGAGGAAUGGUUGGAUAGUCGACGGAUUGAUAUAUUCGCCCCUAACAUGCUGGUGCAUCCGAAGUAUGGUGAGUUUUGA